AUGUAUAGCACAAUUGCUAAAAAUACAGGAAAUAGUGAUAAACAAGUAGCUAACAUGCUAAUUGCCGGAUUCACUGGCCAACUAAAAGGCUGGUGGGACAAUUAUGUUGAUGAAAAAACUCAACAAGCUAUUCUUAAUACAGUAAAAACAGAAAAUGGAAUAACUACUCCCAAUGUGGUAUACACUCUUACUUGUACCAUAAUAGAACAUUUUACAGGAAGAUGGUCAGAUAAUUCUGAAAACAUUCGUACCUUAUUAAAUGGAUUAUUUUGUAAAACUCUUACGUCCUUUCGAUGGUAUAAGGAUACUUUUCUAAGUAGAGUUAUGGAGCUUAAUGAUUGUAAUAGUGUUUAUUGGAAAUCAAAAUUCAUAGAUGGUUUGCCAAAUCUUUUUGCUGAAAGAGUUAAAAACCAACUAAGAAUAGAUAAUACAAUUCCUUACGAAGAUUACACAUAUGGAAAAUUAAUAGGAACUUGUAUACAGGAAGAUAAUUCGUCAGACGGCGAGGAAAUCUCAGACAAUAAUUCUGAUAUCAACAUGACAGAUUAUGAUUCUAAUUAUGAUUCAGAUUCUGAAGAAAUUGAAUACUUAUUAAAAGAAGUUAAUGAUCCAGAAAUAAGGAUGAAUUCCAAUCGUGGAAGAGGUCAUCCUUCAUACAGGGGUGGUUAUAGUAGAGGUCGAGGAAAUCCUGCGGCUUCAAGCAGUUCUUAUAGACCUGGAAAUUCGUCACAAGCAGAUGAUCAGUCUCUUCCAAUUCCUGGAAGCCCAUUAUAUGAGGAGUUUAAAGCAUUUUUAGAAUCAAAAAAGGAAAAUAUUCCUAAUUUCGCCCAAAUGAUCACAGAUGGUGAAACCAUCAACGAUAAUUUUGAAUAUAAGGAAUCAUCUCAUAGAGAUAAUAUUAUUAUCUUAGAACAUAGAUAUAAUGCCUUAUUUUGA